GCAUUACAAUGGGACACAAAUGGAGACCACAUUAGCCUCCCCCACAAAGUUAUGCAUUGAUCAAUUUCAUAUAUAACUUUAAAAAGCAACCAAACAAAGAGCUUUUCAGUUUUUCAUUUUAUUUUUUCUUUUUUCCACUUUUAUGCUAUUGGAAACCAAAAGAGAAAACCUUCUCAACCUCCCUGUCCUCUAGACUCCUCAGUAGUCAAUUCUCAACUAAGUUUCUUUCAACCUUCUAUCUCUACAACUGAAAAUUUUUUUUCUUGUUAUUCUUAUCACAUGCUAUCCAAUUCUUUUGUGACUCAACAAACACACAAAAUGAAAUCAAUGAAGGGUACUUUACUCCUCAAGAAAAUGAAAUUCAUUCAAAGCUUAAACACACUAAAACAUACCCUAGUUCCUCACCACCAUCAAAACCCAGAAGUCAUAACCAGUGCUCUCAGUGUAUCAGAACCUAUUAAAGAUUUCAAAGACAAGGAAGAAGAAGAAGUAGGCGCAGAAUUUGAAGACAAGGACAUAAAAAAUAAUCCACUUUUAAACUUUGAAGAAAAAUGUCCUCCUGAAGGAAAAGAAUGUGUAGUUCUUUACACAACAAGUUUGAGAAGUAUAAGAAAGACAUUCGAAGAUUGCCAAGCAAUUAGAUUCUUGCUUGAGAGUUUUAAAGUGAAAUUCUAUGAAAGAGAUGUUUCUAUGGAUUUGGAGUUCAGAGAAGAAUUAUGGAGGGUUUUAGGUUGCAGAGUAAUCCCACCAAAGCUUUUUAUUAAAGGAAAGUAUAUAGGAGGAGCUGAUGAAGUUGUAAUCUUGCAUGAACAAGGUAUGCUAAAGAAACUUUUUGAAGGUAUACCAUUAGUCUUGAAUAAUACUCUUUGUGCUUGCUGUGGUAAUAAACGGUUCGUCGUUUGCUUCAAUUGCAAUGGUAGUCGCAAAGUCUUCGUUGAUGGAGAGAGUGGUAAUGAAUUGUGUAUUAGAUGCCCUGACUGCAAUGAAAAUGGAUUGGUCAAAUGCUCUAUUUGCUGCUGAGCAAAAAUCUUGGUUGUCUAUUACUAAUCAGUUUGGCAUAGUGGUAUUACAGUUGUUUCCAGGAUUGUAAGUUUCAAGUAUUUUUUUGGCUGGCUAUUAACUUAAAAAAAAAAGGAAAAGAAAGAAGAAUUCUUGGCUGGCUAUUAGAAAUAUACAUAUAAAUAUGUUUCCUUCUGCUAAUUAAUAGCUCCGUUUCUUUAUUUUGUAAUGCAUUAUCAUCUUCUUUAACUAUUUUUUUAAGCUAAUUUCAAUGUUAGGAAUGAUCAAAUCUUUGUUGUUUUUUUUUUUUUAAGUCGUUAGGUAAGUGAGACCAUGGGCAGUGUACAUUUUAAGUGCAAAGAGUUUGCUGCUGAAAAUUCCAGCUAUAUAUAUAUAUUGGUCCCUAAUUCUGUUUUCAA